UGAAGAUACUUUUUGGACCCAAUUCUAAGGCCUUAUCCAGAAGUAGUAUGGUUGAGAAAGCACAUAAGAUGCAAAGGUAAGAGGAGCAGAGGAGCAAGGAUACACACAGAUUCUCUUCUUCUCUCUACCUUAAACAAACAUGGGAAUCUUUACAAAAUCCUCUCUUUUUUGUUUCAACCGUCAGAUAUAUAACCCCUGUUAAUAUUUUGUUGUUGGGUCCCAAUGAAAUGGACCCCAUAUUAAUGCGAUUCCAAAGAGCAAGACAAUGAACUGCCUCCUUUCCUUCCACAACUCCCUUUUCUCAUCUUCAACAUCUAUUGAAAGCCUCCAUGACUUUGUUUUAAGCUUUGAGUCUAUCCAAAGCGAUUGAGAUGCCAAAUGGGUAGCUUUGUUUGUGACUGGUCUUCCUGAAUCUUGCUUUCAAAACUAGCCAUUUCUUCAGUGAUUCUGAUCUGGGUCUUUGUCACUCUUCAUUUUUUAUUUGUUUUCACCAUUCAUUUGUUGUUUUAAGUUGUGGAUUUUCAUUGUUUUAGUGGGUUUUUUUUUUCCAGCUUCCUUUAGUUAUUGGGGCUUGUGAGUCUUUGUUUUGGUUUUGGGACUUUUGGGUGAGAGAAGUAGGAGUUUGCAGAUAUGGGUUCGGGUAUGAACUUGAUCACUACUGUUAUUGGUUUUGGUAUGAGUGCAACAUUUAUAGUAUUUGUUUGCACAAGAAUCAUUUGUGGCAGGCUAAGAGGUGGCGAAUCACGGCCUAUGUUCGAGAUUGAAUCAAGGAUAGAUGUUGAGCAGCCAGAGCAUCAGGCCAGUGGCCUUGAACAAGUUGUGGUUUCUGCAAUCCCUACCAUGAAGUUUGAUCACAAAGCUUUCAGUUCCUUGGAAGAUGCGCAGUGCUCAAUAUGCUUGGGGGAGUACCAAGAGAAAGAAGUAUUGCGAAUCAUGCCCAAAUGUGGCCACAGUUUUCAUCUCUCCUGCAUUGAUACAUGGCUGAGGAAACAGUCUACCUGUCCAGUUUGCCGUUUGCCAUUAAAAGAAUCCCUUGGAAUAAAACAUGUGAGAUCAGCAACGUUUAGCAUGCCUCGAUCGUUUGACGAUUCUGAGGAACCAAGGGCAUUCAGAAUCUGCUCCUGGAAACCCUUCCGAACCGACUCCAUCUAGAGAACCAGAAACAACGCCACGAUAAAAUGAAAGAGUUUGAUCCAGAGAACCUGUAAAAACCACAUGGUAGGCCAGGUAGGUUUUGAUUGGAGAUUCUCAUACCUUGCACAGAAUGUUAUUAUCUGUUGUAGAUGGUACGAGCGGCGGAGGUUGUGCUAAAUCACUGUGACAAAACUCUGAAUUUUUGCGUAGAAAGUUGGAAAAUGGAGCUUACAAAUAUAAUCUGAUUUCUGUAUAUAUAAAGUUUGUUCACAGAAGUAGAAUGUUCAUACUCUGUUUUGAGCCAUUCAUUCUGCUCACUAUGAGAGUACAUCUUUUCUAAGAAUUCCAUAAUUGAACAUACCAACUUCCUGAAUUCAA